CACACCACACUCCACCAUGGAUCUUCUGCAAACAGUGCGCAAAGAAGGCAGCCGCGGCGGCCGUGCCGAGUUCAAGUGGGAAGAUGUCAAGAACGACGCGCAGCGCGAGAAUUACCUGGGUCACUCGCUCAUGGCGCCAGUUGGGCGUUGGCAGCAGAACCGUGAUCUUACCUGGUACGCGAAAGGUGACGCCGAGUCCAAAGAAGCUGAGGCCGCACGCCUCAAGGAGGAGAAGCGGAAGCUGAAAGAGGCCGAGGAAGACGCUAUGCUUGCAGCCAUGGGCCUGCCAGUGCCAGAACGGAACAACGCCAACUUGACACCACUGGGCGAGAGAGCGCAUGAGGCGGAUGUCAAAGAUGCGCUAGAGGAGAAGGCAAAGGUCGGCGAAGAUGAGGACAGGGCCAAAAGAAAGGACAAGAAGGACCGGUCGCAGCGACACAGAGACGAUGGCGAUCGUGACAGGCGGAGAAGGCAUCGCUCAAGGAGUCGCUCGCAGGACCGAGAUCGCCGUCACAGACACCGAGACCGCUCGAGGUCCCGCGAUAGGCGAAGAGAUGUCGACCGAGAGCGUGACAGGCGAAGGCGCCGUUCACGAAGCCGCGAACACAGGCGACGUGAAGACCGUGCCGAGCCCCGAAGAGAACGCAACCCAGAUGGCGAACGAUCACGAUCACGAUCGCACUCGAGGAACCGUCGCCGCCGGCGUGAUUCGAGGAGCAGAUCACCAUACAAGGCUGAGAAAAGACGAGACUAGGUGCGCCUGUGGUCGCAUUGUAUCUCUGAUUUCAUCAAGUUCUUGGACUAAUACAACUACUCACCUCUGGAUCUUCGAUUUGGAUUGUCAGGCAUGACUUUGGAGGUCU